CUGGGUAAAGUGCGCCCCGGUAUCCGCCCAUAUUCGCUUAAAGGAGGCCAACCUGAGCAGCUAGGCCGGACGCUGGAUCAAAUGGAAAGUUCAAUCGAUUAAUUUGGCCACUUUUUCGCAUGUUCCCACUUGCUUCUUAUACGAGGUAGACCGACUUAAAUGCGGGUGUUUCGGUGUGAAAUAGGAAAUGCAGAGAUCGUGUGAAACGAGAGGAUUAUCAGCUUGACUUAUUUGGUCGCUACUUCGGACGCGGAACUCCACUCGCUAAAAGGUGAAUCAUGACAGAAUAUAAGUUGGUAGUGGUGGGAGCUGGUGGCGUUGGCAAGAGCGCACUUACGAUUCAGCUCAUCCAGAAUCACUUUGUGGAUGAAUAUGACCCCACCAUCGAGGACUCCUACAGAAAGCAGGUAGUAAUCGACGGAGAGACGUGUCUGCUGGACAUCCUGGACACUGCAGGUCAGGAGGAGUACAGUGCCAUGAGGGAUCAGUACAUGAGGACUGGGGAGGGCUUCCUCUGUGUCUUUGCCAUCAACAACACCAAGUCCUUCGAGGACAUUCACCACUAUAGAGAACAGAUUAAGCGAGUGAAGGACUCUGAGGACGUCCCCAUGGUGCUGGUGGGGAACAAGUGUGACCUCCCGUCCCGGACAGUGGACACCAAGCAGGCUCAGGAUUUAGCACGCAGCUACGGCAUUCCCUUUAUCGAGACCUCAGCCAAAACCAGACAGAGAGUGGAAGAUGCCUUUUACACUCUGGUACGGGAGAUCAGACUGUACCGGCUCAAUAAGCUCAGCAAGGAAGAAAAGACUCCGCGCUGUGUCAAGCUUAAAAAGUGUGUUGUGAUGUGAAAGGGGUAAGUGUAUGCAGCCGCGCGCCAACCAGCUCUGUGUGUGUGUGUGUUUUGGUGGGGAUUGUGGAGAAGGCAAUGGGAGAGGACACGCGAUGAGAGCUGGUGCUUCAUGGUUCUCAAAGCUAACCUGCUGGUUACUACUGGGGCUGUGGUGAAGCUCUAACAGGAGGCUGAUGAUUUUCUUCCCUUUUCAGUGUCUCUGUGUACUGUAUAUCAUGGCUGAUUAUUAUCUAAGGCCGUUUUCACACUGGGUUUGUUUACUUGAGUCUGAACUAGGGCUGCACAAUUAAUCAAAUUUUAAUCACGAUUUUGGGUUCCCACGAUCAAAUUCGUGUGAUCGAGCGAUAUUUUGCGUCAUUCCGUUCAUAGAACGCUCCGUUUUUUUUUUUUUUUUUUUUUUUUUUCUUUGCAAAGCCAAUCUAGUGCUCCGUAAACCACUGUCUGAUCACGUGCCUCCAUGAGCCAGAGUUAUUUGUUCCCUGCACCGUGCUUAGUUUCUAGAUUUAGACAGUCACAGAUGAGAGUAACGUGAGGAAAAUUCCACAACAGAUGGCAGUCGGUCAUAAGGCUAUAAACUCUUAACAAAGAAAACAAAAAAAUGUCUAACGUAGCAGAGGGCGAGGCCGAGGGGCUUGUCCCGAGAAUAGGAUCGUCAUCCAUUGUGUGGAAGCAUUUUGGGUUCAAGGCAAGUGACAUAAAACAAGAACGGGUCAUAUGCAAAGAGUGCGUAAAGUUGUGUUGGCGCCACAAAGCAACACAAUGAACCUCUUUAACCACUUAAAAAAACACCAUAAAGUUCAAUACGAUGAAUGUAUGAGGGCCAAGAAAUUCGUUAAUAAAAAAAUAACGUUUGAACAAAGCCGUGACGUGUUUUCGCCGAUUCAUCACUAGUAGUGUAACUGUAGCAAGCAUCUUACUAUCACUAACGUUAUCCACAGUCAUACAUAGACGAAACAAAUUAUAUAUCCAGCUACAAAAAGCCUGGAAGACGGAAGUAGAACGAAAGUAAAACGAGGCGUUGGAGAUGUUAGACUGUCUAAAAAUUCAAACAGCCAGAGAAAAUCUUACCGUGGUGAUGCACAUAUUUGUACAUUAGCAGGAAUGUAGCACAAUAUGGAUGUGAAAGCAGCCUAUGUGACAAUAAAAUUUUGUUUUGGUUAAAAUCGACAAAUGAUCUUGAUAAUUAAUCGUGAUCUCAAUAUUGAUCAAAAAUAAUCAUGAUUAUCAUUUUGGCCAUAAUCGUGCAGCCAUAGUCUGAAUGCAAGUCCGAUUGACCCACCUUCCGCUAACCAUGCUGGUCUGCUUUCACACUAUUUACUUUGUAGAGAAGUGUGUUGUUCAUAUCCGGGGGUAUGUUGCGUAAUUCUUUCCUCAUCCAGGUGCAGGCGUUGACCCUAGUUUCCACAAGGAUGACUGUGCUCAUUUAGAUGUAUACCAGAAAAAUGGAGACCAUGUACUAGCUGGCAACGCCAUGUGAACCCUAUUCUACAACCAACCAUCUGAACGGGCUGAAAAUGUUUUUAGGAAACAAAACAAAAAGCUCCACUAAUGCUGCUACUACUACAACUCUACUGGAGGACAAACCCUAACAUGGUAUCCCUUCAGGGUUGUUAUUUUCUGCUCGUACACCAGUGAGGUAUUUUAUGUCCUCUUUUGUUGGUAAAAAUAAAAUACCAGUGAAACUCUCAGGUAUUCCUUACAUUACACACAAGCCAUACUUCAGUUGGCCUCAGACCACCUCCCUCUGGUCGACUUGGGCUGCACUCUAGUUCAGAAAGCGUUCAUAUUAACAAAUUUCCAGUCGAAUUGUUCCCAGAUUCGGACUAAACUACCAGUGUGAAAGCGUCCCAAUCUGCUGAAAUCAACAUGAAGAAAGGGCUAUGGGCUGGUGAGCCAACGUGUGUGAUUUAAGGAGAUUAUGGCGAAUCUGGGUCCAAAUCGUGUGUGUGUCUUUCCUGCUGUCUUUGUCACAACCUGAAGUGGCCUCAGGCUCCUUGCAGAGUCAUCACAUUUACUGCACUAUACAAACUGUUGUAGUACUCGUGCACCUGCCUCAGUUUGGCAUCAACAGACACUAGCUGCAUUUCCAUGGAGACUUUCAUUCACUAAUAAUCAGAAUAAGAGCUCAGCAAGAACGUAAAAGCCUCAUUUUAACACCUCGGUCAGAAUAGAUUGGCUUGACUAAAAUCAUAGCUGUUCACCUGCGGAAGUUGUGCCACUUUAUUUGUUAUGACUUUUCUACUGUUUUUCGAGUGUUUUCAUCUUUCCCAGGGGAACAGUCUUUGAGUAGAUUUAUAUUUCUUAGUUUUAGGGAGAUAAACCGAAAGCUCUCCUUCUGUUCAAUAACUCUGUUAGUAGAAUAUUUUUUUUUUUAUAAAAAUUGAUUCAGUACAAACCAACAGCAGUAAACCAAUAUUAGUGCCAAGCGCUGGAUUCAUGUUGAUCUUCAACAGUUUGCUUGUGUUGGCGGACUGCACAUAGACUAUUGCAAAUGUAAACAGAAGAGGUUUUCUGUUUACAUUUGCAGUAGUCCGUCAUUUUAUUUAGUAGCCCUUUAAACACGCUGUCGGAGUCGUACAUUUGAUUACAUUCAGAGG